AUGUCCUACCAUCGGCCUUGUUCGCGCAGGAACGCGCCAGACGACAUCUCAAUCAUCCGUACCACGGCCUCACCUAACUCUGAACGCCCCAGGCCGUAUGUAACCCUGUGCGAGCACACGCUCGCGCUCGAGCGUGACCAUUCGUUCUCGCAGAACGCGACGCAUAACACUCGUAACGUGAUCCCUAUCGGACGCCUGCCGUUCCGUCCUACCCCCAGCUCACUCGCCUCUGCAGGGCCCACGCCGGACGGGUACUCGAACCUGGUCGACAGCUGGAGCGUCGGCUUCAUGCAGGGCACCCCGUUCGACGCAGACCCGCCGAACACGGACAUCCAUACCAACAUCACGACCCGCCGGGUGCGGUGGACGCUCCUGUACGAGUGCGGCGUGAGCGAGCAGACCGAGCGGUUCAUCCGCGCGCUCCUCGCGUCUUCCCCGAGCGAGCGCAUGUCGCUCAGUGCGCUGUACCACCCGUGGCUCGCGACCGAGGCCGAGCUCGAAGGCGCGCCCCGGCCGCUCCCCGCGACUCCCCCCGCGCUUCGCACCGCGUCGCUCCAGUCGCUCCCCUCCGCCCCCUCCAUCGCGGACGGCGGGCCGGCGGCGACGCUCGAGCACACCCCUCCGCCCGCAGCCCCGCUGAUGGGACUGCCCGGGACGGCGUCGCUGCUCCGCAUGGACGGCGAGCAGGACGCAUGGAUGCGCUCCGCGGCGGGCUUGCACAUGUCCCUCGACGCCCUCAGCCUCAUCCUCCCCGUGAACCCGCCGUCGCCCGUCAAGCACGACCACGUGCUCUCGCGCCCGCGGUCCGCCGCAAGCGAGGGGACCCAGCGCGGGAGGCUUCAGCGGCGGUCGGAGGUGCUGUCGCGGGCGCGGCGGGCGGGCGAGGAGCUCCCGGCGCCUUCAUAG